CGGGCCAGCAGUGGCCAUGCGGCGAGCGGAGCUGGCGGCCGAGACCGCGCUGCGGGCGCUGCUCCUCGCCGGCUUCGGGAUCAUGGAGCUCCUGCCGCCCUUCCAGCGCGUGCUGCAGCCCGAGGAGAUGUGGCUCUACAAAAACCCCUACGUGGAGCAGGACCACGUCCCCACCGUGCUCAUGUUUUUCAUCGCAUUUCUGUCUCCCCUGUUGCUCAUCAUGCUGGCGAGGCUGUUCAUGGGCGCUGACCACGAGGACACGAGGGAAGCCUGCCUUGCUGCCAGCCUGGCUCUUGCCCUGAACGGGGUUUUUACAAAUGCCCUGAAGCUCGUUGUGGGGAGACCACGGCCUGACUUCUUCUACCGCUGCUUCCCGGACGGCCGCGCCAACCCGGAGCUGGUGUGCAGCGGGGACGGCCGCACAGUGACCGAGGGCAGGAAGAGCUUCCCCAGCGGCCACGCGUCCUUUGCCUUUGCUGGUCUCGCCUUCUCCGCCUUCUACCUGGCAGGGAAGCUGCACAGCUUCGUCCCAGGCCGGGGGGGCCGGGCCCUGCGCUUCUGUGCCUUCCUCCUCCCGCUCUUCCUGGCCACCCUCAUCGCCGUGUCCCGCACCUGCGACUACAAGCACCACUGGGAAGAUGUGUUGGCUGGCUCAGUGAUGGGCUUGGUGCUGGCAUACCUGUGCUACAGGCAGUACUACCCUCCCCUGACGGACACCACGUGCCACAAACCCGCUCUGGCCAAGCCCAGAGCGCUGCCGGCGCACGAGGAGAAGCCUCCAGCUCCCAGCUUCCACAUGAGCAUUUAGUGAUGGGCCCUGGCUGCCAGGGCAGGGCAGGGCUGCUCAGGAGAAGUGGCUCCCAUGAGGAAGAGCCCCUGGGCAGGUGUUCCCUGCUGAGCUGGUGAGUUCCUGCCCUGGCCCUUGUGUUGCUCCAUUUCAGUGGAUUUUGUAGGCCAGCCCCUGUUCACGCCCACUGUGAAGCGAGUGCCGACCUGUGGAAAGGCAGUUGGGGUGUGAAGGUCCUGAACAAGAACUGGGAAGAUGUGACAGCCCAGUGUGCCCAGCCUGGUGGGAGUUCUUGUGUCCAGUCCAGGAAGCACCACUGGUCACCUCCCUGCCAUCCAGCUGAGCUGUCCCAGCCCUUCUCCUGGGAAAUGAAGAGCAGGAUCUGCCAACUUCUGAGUUUUUCUAAUUUCCCAAAUAAAGCAGUUUAAUUUUUGUAAUGAGCUGUGGUACUAAAACUUCAUUUCAAGGCUAGGGUUGUUGCUUUAUAACCCAUUUCCUCUGGCAUCUGCAGGGGUUUCUGGUGGGUGCUCUUUCCUUGCAGCUUUAGUAUAGUUUUAAGGAGAUGACAGCAGAAAAUGAAGUGAUGAGAUCCCUGCCCAAGGUCUGCCUCUCCAAGGAAGGGCAGAGUGCUGCUGGGAGCCAGGGCAGGUCCCUGGCAGGGGCUCUGUGAGCACCUGUUGGUCACUGGUCCCUUCAGAGACAGGUGAGACUGGAGCAGAGCAUGGCAGAUGAGUCAGUAAUGAAACCCCAUCAGCUGCAGUCUGGACCCUCUAUAACUCUGCAGCUCCAAUAGAAUUACAGAAAUAGCUUCACUUUGCUCUAAAACUGCACAUGUGAAUUUUCCAGCCCUUCCCUCUCCCCUAGACAUGCACAUACCACAGUCAUCUACUUAUUUAUUUUGGCUUUUACUGGAAAAGACAUUAAAUAACAUUUAAAAUGUAUUUAACUUCUUUUUUUUUAACAAAGUGCAUAACUUAAAAAGCUGAUCCUUGGUGUCCCAUGUUAAGACUGUCCCAUUUCCUACUCCCAUGAGACCUUAGCCAGCAGUGCUUCAGGUGCUGACCGAGCAGCUUGGCUGUUCCUGCAGUCAGGUAAGGAACAAUUCUGUUCCUUGGGAGGGGAGGAGGGAUGGAGGCUGCAAACAAAACCCUUCCAGUAGUG